AUGGGCAACGUCGUUAGUUCAUUUUUUUCGGGGUUUGGCAAAGUCAUUGGGGAUAUUUUUGGUUCCCCAUUAGAUUUCCUAGCAGGAAAAUCUUGCAACUCGGUCUGCGGCUCAACAUGGGAUUUCAUCUGUUACAUCGAAAAUUUCUGUGUCUCCCAUCUGCUCAAGAUGGCCAUGGUACUUGUUUUGCUCUACAUUGUUCUCUUGUUCUUAUACUUGCUACACAAACUGGGAAUAUGCGAAUGUGUGAGCUGGAGCCUCUGCAGAAUGCUCUGGGCAUGCUUUGCUUCUUGUCUCUCUGUUUGCGACUGCUGCUGCACUUUCUUGUGUCUCAAGCUUCGUAAUUUGCGCGGCAGAACUAACCGACGCCGUCGCCGCCGGCGGAAACUAGACAUCGAAGUGGUCGAUACAAGUAGCACUGAAGCAGGAGAUGAACAUCAUAAUGGAGAAACUAGUUUUGCUUCUUGUGAUUAUGACAUGUAUAAGGAAAAGAGUGAUUCAUCAUUAUCUCGUCGAAAAAGGGAUUACAGAAGUGACCAAUUGAGAAAGUCUCUGAGGCCUAGGAGUCAUCGAAUUGGUGCUGGGAUCAGUAAAGAUCAUUUGGGACAUGGAAAUAGAAGAAGUUAUAAUAUCAAACUUGGUGAUCAUCACAAUCAUAAUCAUGAUCAUGAUCAUAAUUCUAGAGUUGAUCAUGCCAUUAGGGUGACUCGAACAUCCAAGUUUGUGCGUAAAGGCACAAUAUAUAAGGGAGGAAUUAUUCAACGAAGGAGAAGUCGCCCAAUGGAAGGUUAGUUUGAACUAACUAAUUAAAACUGUAUAUUAAUCAUUAUAAAAUUGAC